UCCAUUUGAGAGCAGCAGCCUUUGCCUGUGAGACAAUAGUAUCCAUAAAUACAUCUAAAUUCCAAGUGAGAGGGUAUAAAAUGACCGAUCAUUCUGUCCAGAAAAACGAAGAGGAGGUGGUUGGGGACAUUUACUUGUCCCUACUUUCGCGACAUGCCCUCAGAUAUCCGGAGGAUGGAAGCCACAAAUCGUGGGUCCUGCCGCGCAUGAUGGUCCUGUUUGCCAGUGGGGACAUGGAUCAGGUGAUAGACGCCAUAGUUGCGGACAUGAUCCAUCCGAUUGGCAGUGGACUGGUGGCUAGUGUUCUGGUAGAGGAGUCCAUACGAGACGAGAUGAUUAGGAAAAUUCGCUGCAAAUUGAAGCCGAUGAACGAGCGCAUACAACGCCAUCCAAAUUACCUGAGAACAGAGAAGCUCAUCGAGCGCAUGAACUGCAGCACCAUUCACAUCGAGGAGUUCGAGGAGUCGGAUACGAAGAAGCGUUAUGGUCGCCGGAUGAAGGGAUCGCCUUUGAUAGUUUUGGAUUUCCCGCAAUACUAUUUUGGGGACAAGCCCACGGCCGUAAUGACUUUGAGCACCUUCCGCAAUAUGAGCGAAGUGGUCAAGUUGCAUACGCGCGAAGGUCUGAACUUCGAUAGCAUUUCGGUGUGGUCAGCCAAGUUGGCCCAGUGCUUCGACCUGCUCACCAGGCUGCCCAAGGUGGAUCAGUGGACCUUCAACUGCACCAAUGAAUCCAUCAAGAUUCCCAAACUGCCGGCUCAGCCGGUCACCACAGUUAUCAUCCAGAAAAACGUUCACUUCGAAGUUCACGUCAUUGGCGGAAAGAUAAAAACUAUAGCGUUUCCAAUCACAGAUGCUUCUGCAAAGGAGAUAUACCCCUAAUGCGAUUCCUGACUUCCCAUCGAAAAUCCACCCAUCAAUUGGUUUGGGAAUAUUUAUGGGCCGAACGACUCUAAUUUGUAAAUCUCAAACCCAUCGAACACACAAACACACACACGCGCGACAGAUAAUUUGUCAGAUAAUGGCUCAUCUAUCAGUUUUUGACAAGAUUGAUGGCUAGAUAAUGCGAUUGAUAAAUCUCCAUUACUUUUCAGCAUCCUUUCUCUCCAUUUUCCCCGAGUUAAUUUCAAGGAAAUCGGAAUGCAGUGGGCGGGAUUCUCCCUCCACCGCUGCUGAGACAAUGAUUUGAUUUUGGCCGUGUCACUUGCCAUGUCAUCAUCCCUCCGGAGAGGUGAUUUCUGUCCUGGAGCCACACGCCCUCCAUUUAUCACGGAGAAGGCAAGGAGCACAGGGAAAAAUGUUUGAGUUUGUUUGGCAUUCAGGAAUGCCGUGAAUUGUCCGGCUUAUUUAAGCAGUAUUUAUCGUGUAAUAUGACUUGCAACUCUAGAUCCCUA